AAGGAGGACUUUGCCAGUCCGCAUGGCCGGGGGAAGGAGGAGAAGCGGCGGCGGCGGCGCCUUGUGCUCGGCGCUCUGGCUGUGGCUGUGCCUGGGGAGCCCGCCGCCUGCGCGCGCCGCCCCCCGCCAAGAGGACACGCUCUACCUGUGGAUCGACGCGCACCAAGCCCGCGUACUCAUAGGCUUUGAAGAGGAUAUUCUCAUUGUUUCUGAGGGGAAGAUGGCCCCCUUCACACACGAUUUCAGAAAAGCCCAGCAAAGGAUGCCUGCCAUCCCGGUCAAUAUUCACUCUAUGAAUUUCACCUGGCAAGCAACUGGAAGGGCUGAAUACUUUUAUGAAUUCCUGUCCUUGCGCUCAUUGGAUAAAGGCAUAAUGGCUGACCCAACUGUGAACAUCCCUCUACUUGGAACAAUACCUCACCAGGCAUCAGUUGUCCAGGUUGGAUUUCCCUGCCUUGGGAAACAAGAUGGCGUGGCGGCAUUUGAGGUGACGGUCAUUAUCAUGAAUUCAGAAGGCAAUACCAUACUCCAAACGCCACAGAACGCCAUCUUCUUUAAAACAUGUCAGCAAGCUGAAUGUCCUGGAGGAUGCAGGAACGGCGGGUUUUGCAAUGAAAGGCAUGUAUGCGAAUGUCCAGAUGGAUUUUAUGGUCCUCACUGCGAAAAAGCUCUGUGUACUCCGCACUGCAUGAAUGGUGGACUCUGUGUCAUGCCUGGAUUGUGUAUUUGCCCACCUGGUUUCUAUGGCAUCAACUGUGACAAAGCAAACUGCACAACAACCUGCUUCAAUGGAGGAACAUGUUUUUAUCCAGGAAAAUGUAUUUGCCCUGCAGGACUUGAGGGGGAUCAGUGUGAAAUCAGCAAAUGCCAUCAGCCGUGUAGAAAUGGAGGAAAAUGUACUGGUAAAAAUAAAUGCAAGUGUUCCAAAGGCUACCAAGGAGAUCUCUGUUCAAAGCCCGUAUGUGAACCUGGUUGUGGAUCAUAUGGGACCUGUAUUGAACCCAACACAUGCCAGUGUCGAGAAGGCUGGCAUGGAAGGCACUGCAAUAAAAGGUACGGAGCCAACCUGACGAAUGCCCUGAGGCCAACAGGCACCAAGCACAGGCAGUACACGCCUUCGCCGAAAAGCGCCGAGGAGAAGCAAGCGCCCCCUGAAUCCAAUUAUAUCUGGUGAACUCCAACAUCUGAAACGUUUUAUGUUACACAAAGUUCAUAGCCUUCAUUAACCUUUCAUGUGUUGAAUGUUAAAACGCUGUUCAUUACAUUUUAAGAUUACUGGCCUGAAUUUUACUAGCUUCGUUAUAAACCACUGAGCUGAUAUUUACUAUUCCUUUUAAGUUUUACUUCUCUAGCACAGUUAUAUAGGCUUCUUGUUUUCAGUGCUUUUUGGACCGGUUUCUUUUUUGUACUAUAUUUCCAUUCUUUAUUGACUUGGAGUUUUGUUUUUUCGUUGUAAGAAAUUCCUCAGAACAAAUUGAUUAUCCAAAAUUGGGGAGAGAUUUUGAAAAACGCUGGCCUGGAACCCAUAGUUUUUUCCUGGAUUUGUGUCUACAUACCUUAAAAACAAUUUUUUAUUUUUUAUUUUGGCACGAUGCAGUCUUACAUGCUCCGUUUAAUAAAGGCAAAAGCUUUUCUUUUCUUUUUUUAAUUUAAAGCCAGUUCCCAUUUCUGCAGCAUGCUCUAUUGAAUACAGUGUAGUUGUGGCAUUGAAACAAUAUAAUAUAUUGGAAACAAAGUGGAACUAUGAAGUAUGAGCGCAGUCCUUGCAUCGGCUUAUAGCAAUAUAAUAUAUUGUGUACACAAAACAGCUCUUAUGUAAUAAACAUUUUUAUACUGAUUGUUAUGUAUGAAAUAAAGAUGCUGCUUUAGUUU